AUGUCAAAGAAUAAUUCAACUGUUAUUAAAAUGGACGAGCAAGUUCUUAAAUAUAAAGAAGAUUUAUAUGAAAAAACAGUUCAUCAUUUAAAAGUCACAAUUCCAAAAAAGAUUGCUGAAUAUCAAGAAUUAGCUAAAUCAUAUGGACAAAAUUCAGAAAAUGAACAAGAUGGACAAACUUCAAAAAAGAGAAAAUUAGAUUCAGAGGAUUACGUUCUCAUGCCAAUAGAGGAUUUAAUUAAAACUAAUCGUGUUAUUAUGGAAACUCAUCAAAAAUUUAAAAAAGCAUAUAUUGAACUUAUUGAAACUUUUUCAGUUAUUAGAGGUUGGAUUUCUUUAAAUAUACCAAGAAUUGAGGAUGGUAACAAUUUUGGUGUUGACGUUCAAGAAGAUAUCAUUACACAAAUUACAAAAUUAGAAGAAGUUUAUACAUCUUUAUUAGAUGGUUCUGAAAGUUAUUUUGCAUCAAGAGCUUCUCUCGUUAAAAAGAUUUUAAAACAUAAAGAUAUUGAAGCUUAUAGAUAUUCACUUGCUCAAGUCGAUGAAAAAGAAUUUACAAGAUUUAGUUUUUCAUAUUUUGAUUUAGCAAAUAAUUAUGCUACAACUUAUUCCUUAAUUGUAAAGAAUUUUGCUAAACUUGAAACUCCAAGACCAACAAAUGCUUCAAAUAUUUAUUAA